AUGACGGCUGUAAUGAACAAGUACAUAGCCUAUAUGUGGCUACACCUCACCUCUCCAACCACACCUCAGGUCACCUCUCCAACCACACCUCAGGUCACCUCUCCAACCACACCUCCGGUCACCUCUCCAGCUAGACCUCAUCUCUCCAACCACACCUCCGGUCACCUCUCCAAGCACACCUCAAGUCACCUCUCCAGCUACACCUCAGGUCACCUCUCCAAGCACACGUCAAGUCACCUCUCCAACCACACUUCAAGUCACCUCUCCAACCACACGUCAAGUCACCUCUCCAACCACAUGUCAAGUCACCUCUCCAGCUACACCUCAAGUAACCUCUCCAACCACAAGUCAGGUCACCACUCCAGAGGCAAGCCAUGGACGCAAUACUUUCUCAAAGUAAAGAAGACCCUGGAAUUUACCUGGUCUGCCUAUUCGAAGCCAACUCCAAGCAACACUGCAGAAUGUCUCACCCUACUUCUACUGUGUUUCAGCAUCGCUGUCAUCACCGGAGCUCUUUUGUUCUACUGGAUGUUUUACACUUUAGGGUUAGAGUAUCGUGCUUCUAGUGUAACUGCAGGGGGUUACAGUAUCAUGGCCUUUCUUCUUUUGUUUUUUGUACACCCUGUGCGCUGUGUGUUUACAAUCAUGAUCCCCACAUUAGGCACCAAGCAAGGCCGCAAAUUAAUUAUUUCAACAUCAGUGAUGCUCAUAGCACUUAAGGUUAUUCCAAACAUGGUCACUAACAUUAAUGUUGUAAUGUACGCUUUGAAAUGCAGUGCGACUACUUCAGCUGAAGAUGUGAUCAACUCGACUGAGUUGUUGAACAACGCCACAAAGGAAAUAGGCCAGGAAGUUAUCCAAAUUAAUAAAGAAAUACAACAUUUGUUUAAAGCCAGUCUGCAAGAUUUUGACUUAGCUGCAAAUGUCAAUGUUUCUGAAAUCAGAAAGGAGUUUCACACUGUCAGCCAGCAGGUCGAAAAUGACUUCCUGUUGGCUAAAAUGGUACUUGAAAAAACCAAACUUGUCACCAGUAGACUUCUCGCUGGCCUUUUUGUCCUAUGUCUGCUUAUAGGUUCAUCCUGGUAUUUAAAAGGCUACCUUACCGAUGUGAAGUUUGAUAACGUCUACAUCACUAAGCAACUGGAGCACUUAGCCAGACAGAAUGGAAAAUGUGUCAUGCCUACUGCAGGAUUAAUCCACCCCAGAGGUUUCAAAAUGUCACGUCGUGAAAGUUUUAGUUGUCUGGUUCAUCUAGCAGUCAUCACUUUAUAUCUGCUCCUGAUUAUAAGUGUCAUCAUGGCAGACCGGAUUGUCUUCAGUUUUAUUGUAACCAGUGCCCGCUGGCUUUAUGACUUCCCAGUGAUACCGAUGACCAUUAAAGUCACAUACUCGGUUGAAUUGAUAUUGGGAUUUAUUACCAUCAAAAAAUACAGUUUCCAAAAGGAUUACCACUGGAACUUCACCCUUACCUCCAGACACUGCAUAACAGAACCAUUUGAACCCGACAAAGACAUCGCCGCCCUGGUGGCAGUACUUUACCUUCUUGCCUACGUCAUGGUCAUCUGUGAAAUCUACACCACGCGCAUACGCAGAAUGAUUUCCGCUUCCUUCUUCAAGAAACAGGAAGACAAAAGGGUUCAUUUUCUAUAUCAAAAAAUAAUAGCCAAAGAGGACCUUCAAGAGUAUAUUAUAAAAACGUCAGACAAAAAAUAAAUUCACUAGAACCACUCUCUUUUGGUCUAAUUUUUAGAAAUAAGGAAGGAAUAAUUGUGGCUGGUUAUGAACUUAAAAGCAAAUAGAAAAAAAGUCUAAGGUCUUUACUGCUGUCUUAAUAGUUUUACUAUAGCUUUUAAAAUCAAAGAAAAAAGUUGUCCAAAUUCCAAACUUUACCAUGAGAAAGGCGUGCAAGCCACACUAAAAUAUGGAGAACAGGUGAUAACACCCUCUAGCACAGUGGUUUUCAACAGUACUGGUAUUGGUAUGUGAUAGACCUGCAGCUGGUAUGCACCGACAGUUGUUUUAUGACUGUAUGAUUCCUCAACCAGAAUACUUUCAAAGUUACUGCAGCCACUCUGUGUUGUUGAUUGUGGUGAACUCUGGUUAAAUAAUUAGA